AUGGAAGCCAUUGAAAUGGAAGAGCCGCCGCUAACCCCCACCAGCACCGCCGCCUUCGACGACUCCGACGCCGACAUCUGCACCUCAAUCCUCACGCGCUUCGGCAACUCCACGCGCGAGGACCACCAGCACCUCUGCGCCGUCAUCGGCGGCAUGGCCCAGGGCUUCAAGGACCAGAGCCUCCCUUCUUCACCGGUCGCCUACUUCGGCGCCGCGUGCUCGUCUCUCGAUCGAAUCCUAUCGGAGCCGGAGCCCUCCGGUCACAUGAUCGACGCUCUCCUCACGAUUCUCUCCAUGGCCGUCCGGAGAGUCUCGCCGGCGAUUCUCGUGAAGAAGAGCGAUCUCGUUAAUGGAAUACUGGUUCGCGCUCUUCAUUGCAGCUCUUUGACCGUCGCCGGAGUCGUCUCCGGGUUGAAAUGUAUAGCGCAUUUGCUCAUCGUCGGCAGCCGAGUCAACCACAACAACUGGUCAGACAUUUCUCAGCUCUAUGGCUUCUUACUGAGCUUCGCUACCGAUUCCUGCACCAAGGUGAAAAGGCAAUCACAUUUGCGGUUACACGAUGUGCUGCAAAGUUUUCAAGGGACUUCGCUGCACUCCCCGGCAAGUCAAGGGAUUACUGAUUCCUUCAAAAGGUUUAUUCUGCUUGCUGGUGGGACAAAACCAGCUGCUAGUGAAGGGCCUACGGGAAGCCGUGAGGUUCUAUAUCUUUUGGAUGCUUUUAAGGAGUGUCUCGCUCUUAUGUCGACCAAGAAUAAAAACGAGAUCUUAGAGCUCUUUAAACCUCUCUUGGGACUGCAAAACCCUGUUGUUACAAGGCGCAUAACGGAUGGUUUGUAUAGGCUUUGUCUUGAAGAUUGUCCAGAUGUUUCUCCUCAGAUAUUGCUGGAUCUAGUAUGCUCAAUAUCUCUUUCUGUCUCGAACAAUAAGACGUCUGUGGAUGACAUGACAUUUACAGCUCGUUUGCUCAAUAUUGGAAUGACAAAGGUUUAUACACUGAACAGGCAAAUGUGCGUGAUUAAACUCCCUACUGUAUUCAGUGCACUACGAGAUAUAUUGGGAUCUGAGCAUGAAGAGGCCAUUCAUGCAGCAGCGAAUGCAUUUAAGAGUCUUAUUCAUGCUUGCAUUGAUGAAAGCUUGAUCAAACAGGGUGUCGACCAGAUUGUGACGAAUGGAAAUAUGGAUGAACGGAGGUCUGGGCCAACUGUAAUUGAAAAAGUGUGUGCUAACAUUGAGAGCUUGCUUGGCUACCACUACACUCCUGUCUUGGACCUUGCAUUUCAAGUUGUUUCGGCAAUGUUUGAUAAAUUAGGGGUAUACUCUUCUUAUUUCAUGAGGGGGACACUGAAGAGCUUGGCAGAAAUGGAAAAGCUGCCAGAUGAAGAUUUCCCUUUCAGAAAAGAGCUGUAUGAAUGCCUCGGAACAGCUCUUGUAGCGAUGGGACCUGAAACUUUUAUAGGCUUUCUGCCUCUUAAUUUGGAGGCUGAAGACCUUGGUGAGGUGAAUGUUUGGCUCUUUCCAAUACUAAAGCAGUAUACAAUUGGUGCACGAUUGAGCUUUUUUACGGAGUCAAUUUUGGGUAUGGUUGAAGUGAUAAGGAAUAAAUCUCGACAGCUUGAGUCACAAGGACGUAUCAUUUCGUCAAGGAGUACAGACGCACUCGUAUACUCUUUGUGGUCACUGUUACCUUCAUUUUGCAACUUCCCUGCUGAUACUGCUGAGAGUUUCAAUGAUCUGAAGCAACCAUUGUGCAACGCUCUUCGUGAUGAACCUGACAUUCGUGGAAUAAUAUGCUUGAGCUUGCAAACUCUUGUUCAACAAAAUAAGAAAAUUGCGGAAGAAGGGAAUGAUCUGUCUGAUAGUGAAGUAGGUACUGCCAAACAGAGAGCUAUGGCUAAUUACACCCCUCAGGUUAGAGUAGAUAACUUGAGCGUGCUCAAAUCAAGCGCGCGCGAGAUCCUGACUGUUCUAUCAGGCGUCUUUUUGAAUUCUUCAAAAGAUGAUGGAGGUUGUUUACAGUCCACAAUUGGUGAGUUUGCUUCAAUAUCAGAUAAAGCAAUUGUGUCAAGGUUGUUUCUAAGUAAUAUGCACAAGCUUUUGAGGGUCACCAAAGAGGCUAGGGCGGCUGGAAGUUCUAGUGAUUCUACUUCCAGACAGAGGGCACUGCUAUUUGACUUAGCAGUUUCAUUUUUACCUGGUUUAAAUGCCGAAGAGGUUGAUGUGCUGUUUAACGCUAUAAAGCCUGCACUACAGGAUGACGAAGGUUUGAUACAGAAGAAGGCAUACAAAGUUCUGUCAAUCAUUCUUGGGGACUUUGAUGGAUUUAUCUCUUCGAAGCUCGAGGAUUUGCUUAGACUCAUGGUGGAACUGCUGCCUUCAUGCCAUUUUUCAGCUAGACGACAUAGACUUGACUGCUUGUAUGUCCUAAUAGUCCAUGUUUCAAAGAGCGAGAGAGAGCAGAGGUGGCAUGACAUCAUAAGUUCUUUCCUAACAGAGAUAAUUCUUGGGCUCAAAGAGGCUAACAAGAAAACAAGAAACAAAGCAUAUGAUAUCCUUGUCCAGAUUGGCCAUGCUUGUGGGGAUGAGGAGAAAGGCGGGAAGAAAGAGAACCUUUAUCAAUUUUUUAAUAUGGUGGCUGGAGGUCUGGCAGGCGAAACCCCGGUUAUAAUCAGUGCUGCGAUGAGAGGGUUAGCUAGGUUGGCCUAUGAGUUUUCUGACCUUGUGUCUUCUGCUACCAAUUUGCUUCCAUCAACAUUUCUGCUCCUCCAAAGGAAGAACAGAGAAAUAAUUAAAGCUAAUUUAGGUUUGCUGAAGGUAUUAGUAGCCAAAUCACAGGCCGAGGGGUUGCAAUUGCACUUGAAAAGCAUGGUUGAAGCCUUGCUGAAGUGGCAAGAUGAUACGAAAACUCAUUUCAAAGCCAAGAUUAAGCUUCUACUAGAAAUGCUUGUCAAGAAAUGUGGGCUGGAUGCUGUUAAAGCUGUCAUGCCUCAAGAACACAUGAAACUACUUACCAACAUUCGGAAGAUUAAGGAACGAAAGGAUAAGAAACAACAGACUUCUAGAUCUGAGGAAGCUAAAUCUCAUGCAUCCAAAGCAACUACAGCCAGGCUAAGCAGAUGGAACCAUUCAAAAGUAUUUUCUGAUUUCGGUGAUGAAGAAACUGAUGAUAGUAAUUCAGAUUAUAUGGAUACCCAAACGGUCACUGGCCGGCGUGGCAAGGCUUCACACCUCAAAUCCAAAGCAUCUUCAUCACGGGCCAAGAGUAGAACAAAUAAGAACUUGCCCGACCACUUACUUGAUCAACUAGAAGACGAGCCUCUUGACUUGCUUGAUCGGCGAAGAACAAGGUCCGCCCUUCGAUCAUCAGAGAAUUUGAAACGUAAAAUGGAGUCUGAUGAAGGGCCAGAGAUAGACCCCGAUGGUCGUCUUAUAAUUCAUGAAGAAUCAAACUCGUACAACGAAAAGUCAUCUCAUCCCGAUUCAGAUGCAAGGAGCGAAGCAGGGAGUCACUUGUCUGUGAAUACAAAGAAAAUACAAAAGCGAAGGAAGACAUCAGAAUCUGGAUGGGCUGCAACUGGCAAUGAGUAUGCCAGCAAGAAAGCUGGUGGGGAUUUGAAAAAGAAGGACAAGCUUGAACCAUAUGCAUAUUGGCCACUUGAUCGCAAGAUGAUGAGCCGCAGACCAGAGCACAGGGCUGCUGCCAGAAAAGGGAUAUCGAGUGUGGUUAGGAUGACAAAGAAGCUUGAAGGGAAGAGUGCUUCAAGUAUACUAACCAGUAAAGGCUUGAAGUUUAAAAGGGUUCAGAAGAAAGGCAGCAAGAGAAAAGGCAAGUAAUUUGAAGCACGCAGUGUGCCCCAGUUUUCUUUGUUUUGAAUGUAUUGCUGAUGAGACCACAGGUAAAUUAUUACUAUUAUUAUUGCAAGUUUGGAAAGUAUAAAAUCCGAUGCUUUAUGAGGGUCAUGCUAUAGCCUAUAAUCAAGCAAUUUUACGGAUUUGUUC